AUGGAGUCAGCGCUCUUUCUGAGCACGGCAAGGUUAUGGCAAUGUUUGGCUAUAGGGAAUAGACUAGGGAGCCAAGGAGGUGUGCUUUGGGUCACUGGGAGCCCCAGUUUUCAAGGUUUCGACUUCUUCCAACUACUCAGGUGCUCUGGGCUGUUGAACAAGCCUUUCAUCAGCUGA